AUGGGAAAGGUCGGAGGCGAAGAAGAAGAAGAAGGUGCAGCAAUCAAAGCUCUGGGCUCUCUCUUCAAGCUAACGGAAAUCCAUCUAUGGGAUGAUGGGUCGACAGAUUCUCGUUUGGCUCCUCUCUUCCAUAAACACAAAAACAGGUCUGAAGAUAUGGGAUUGUUAAAAGAGAUGAAAGAUUUGGGUCUUCCUGCUUCUUUUCGAACAAACAAGGAGUGGAAGAACAGAACAAGAGGCCAUCAAAAGAAAGGAAUCAAGGAUCUAUCAAGCGAGGUUAAUGUUCUUUCCAAAGAAGAAGACAUGAAUUUAGUGUAUGAUUGCUCUUCAGAUCAUGCUAUUGGUGGUGAUGAAGAGAUUGAAAUGCCAAACGAUUGUGUUGAAAGAAAUGCAGUCGAAGAAGAGAGCUGUUGUUUGGGAGAUGGAGAUGGAGACUCUGUGUUGGUACCAGAGGCAACAGACUCUCAGAGCUACAGACUCGGUGAUGAUAACGAUGACUCUGGUGAAUGGAAAGUUUACUGGGAUGCUUUCUACGGACGGAGUUAUUUCUACAAUGUCAACACACAAGAGUCUACAUGGGAGGCGCCACUUGGGAUGGAGCAUCUAGCUUAUAGCUACGAAUGUAACCAAAACCAUAACUUGGAUGAGUUAGCUAUAGAGACAACAGAGAAGCCACAUGAUGACCUGCUCAGAGAUGGACUUACCGAUGAUGUUGGUGGACUUAUUGAAAGUCAAUGUGAAACAGAAGCGCUUGAGGAAGUUAACAGUUUGAUUGAUACAUACCAAGAAACUUCCAAUGGAAACCAAUCUUUGGAUAUUACUACUCUUGAAGAAGAGGGAAACGGUACAUAUGUUGUGAAUUCAAAUAGGAAGGCUAAAAAGAAGACAAGAAGAAUUUGUUUUCCUUGGAAUAAAUGA